AUGCACAACGCCAGGCUAAUUGAUGAUGAAGAUGCAGAUAUUAAUAAUAAUAAUAAGGACGGUACGGUCGACAUUUGUCGGGCAUGCCGCCGUCCCGGAGAGUCACUCAGGCAUAUCAUUUCCGGUUGUUCUCAUCUUGCUAACGGCGAGUACUUGCACAGACAUAAUCUCGUAGCCAGGAUUAUUCACCAGCAGCUUGCUCUUCUAUAUGGCCUUGUGGACCGCGAAGUACCGUACUACAAGUAUUUGCCUGUGCCAGUUCUCGAGAAUGGUCGUGCCACGCUCUAUUGGGAUCGGUCUAUCAUCACUGACAGGACUAUUGUAGCCAAUAAGCCUGACAUCGUGCUGAUAGAUCGAACGCAGCGCCGGGCAGUGCUCGUCGACGUCACCAUCCCCCAUGAUGAGAAUCUCGUGAAGGCCGAGAAGGACAAGUCCAGCAAGUACCUAGACUUGGCUCACGAGAUAACCGCCAUGUGGAAUGUUGACUCGACGAUCAUUGUUCCUAUAGUCGUGUCAGCGAACGGUCUCAUUGCGAAGAGUCUCGACCAACACCUAGAGAGACUCUCGCUGGGUGGUUGGAUCAAGGGUCAGAUGCACAAGGCGGUGAUCUUGGACACGGCGCGGAUAGUCCGCCGGUUCCUCUCUCUGCGGCCCUGACCACCGGCAGCUUGGGCCCUGCCUCGCUGCUGGCGGCACCCUAGGUUAGGUUUUUUAUAAUGUGUUUAUAUGUAUUUUGUAUUGUUUUGUUAGAUGUAUUUU